AUGCAGAACGCACUUACGAGAGGCACGGGAAUGGGCGGAGUGCCGUCCGCGCAGGCGCAACCUCCGUCCGCAGGCAAUAUGGCGGCAGGCCGUUUCGGCACCAGCACGAUCCCUGCCAACCUGCAGCAGGUAAGGGAAGGGGGGAGGGGGAGAGAAAUUUAUGCUUCGCGUUUUAGGGUGUUUUUGAAAGCACUGGCCAGCACGGGACAGCAGCAGCAGCAGAUCCCAGGACUGCACGCGCACACAGGCGCGGUGACCAACCGGGGGAGCGGAGUAAGCCUAGUAGGCGGCCAUCCCUUCGCGGGAAGCAUGAGCGGACUAUCCGGCGGAGCAGGCGCGCCCGGAGUAGCAACAGCGGGCGGGGGGAUGAGCGGGAUGAGCGGAAUGAGCGGGAUGAGCGGGAUGAGCGGAAUGAGCGCGAACGUGCCGGGGCAGCGGACGAUCGGCUCCGCGGGUCUAGGGGUGAACCCGUCGCAGAUUGCGGGGUCCGCAGGGAGACUAGGCGCGCCCGGGUCGCUGGGCAUGGCAGGGGCGGGCGGAGGGAUGGGGCUUUCCGCGGGGGCAGGCGCGGGAGCGAGCGCGGGGUUGUCUCGGGCGAUGAACCCCGCGGGCGCACUGGGCAUGUCGACGGUAGGGGGAGCGCGCGCGCUGGGAUCGGGAGAGAGCAAACGGGACGGGUCGAAAGGAGAGGGCGAGCAGGGGGAGGAGUCGAGGCAGGGAGGGCAGGAGGACCAACUUUUGGGGAGGGGCGAGCAGCGAGAGGGCGAUGGGGCGGCGUUUGACAUGAGCGAUUUUCCCUCGCUCAACAGGAGGCCGCCUGGGAGUGUGGCCAUGGCGUCAGGUGCAGGGUCGGCAGCAGCGGCAGUUCUACGAAAAGGGGCUCCAUUGAACGCGCUGUUACACCAGGGGGGCCCGGAGUUCAGCAUACAGAACGAGGACUUCCCUGCACUGCCCGGCCUCAAAGCGGGAGCGGACAACGGAGGGGACAAGGAGGGUUCCGCACAGCAACAGCAGCAGCAGGGCGCAGGAGGGUCGAUAAGAAGCCACUUGGACAUGCUUCAGCAGCAGCAGCAGCAGCUGCAGCACCUCAGUUUGCACGACAACCCCCACCUCCACCAGUACCAUCAGCACCACCACGGGCAGCAGCAGCAGGGGGGGCAUUUGAAGCACCUAGAUCAGCACAUGCUCUCGUCCCCACCGCCCUUGAAUGCACCGGGUGCUCCCAGUAGCUCCAUGCUUAUCCUGCAACGCUCCGCCAGCCCUAGCCCUUCUCUCCAGCAGCAGCAGCAGAAACAGCAAGAGCAGCAGCAGCAACAGCAACAGCAACAAGAGCAGCAACAGCAGCAGCAGCAGCAGCAAGAGCAACAGCAGCAGGAGCAGCAGCAGGAUCAGGCGCGGGGGGCAGACGGGUCUAGUUUGCGGCACGCGGACGGCUCUGGAAACGUGCUGUUAGGAGGAGUGAAGGCUGGAGAGCAGCAGGGCUCAGCUCCUGGUUCUCGAUCCAGUACCCCUGGUCCCACAGGUCCCCAGCAUCAGGCUCAAGCAGGAAGUGGGCAGGUGGGAACAGGGAAGGAGCAGGGUAUAGACGGGCCUGAUAAGUACGGGCUGUUGGGGCUGCUCAGUGUGAUUCGGAUGAGCGAUCCAGAUUUGACGACGCUGGCGCUGGGGACCGAUCUGACGACUCUCGGGCUGAAUCUGAACUCGCGGGAGAAUCUGUACCGCACGUUUGCAUCGCCGUGGGCGGAUGGGCCGACGAGAGCUGAGCCGGAGUUCAGCCUCCCGGCUUGCUACAUCCAACCCACGCCUCGCCUGCAGCCCGGUUACUUUUCCAAGUUCCAGCAGGACACGCUCUUCUAUAUAUUCUACAGCAUGCCGCAUGACGAGGCGCAGCUGUUCUCUGCUGAUGAACUGUGCAACCGCGGGUGGUUCUACCACAAGGAGCAUCAGGUGUGGUUCACACGCGUGCCCAACAGCGAUCCCGUGGUGAAGACCCCCACGUACGAGCGCGGCUCCUACUACUUCUUUGACCCCACCGUGUGGGAGACCGGGCGCAAGGACAACUUCGUGCUACAGUACGAGAUGCUAGAGGCCCGUCCCCAGCUGCCCAUUCCCCCCCAGCGGUAG